AUGGCCUGGCAACCCGCCCCAGAGUCCUUGAACCAGCUUGCGGCAUGUCUCAAGGACUCCCUCAGCGGAUUCGACAAGACCGCCCAGAAACAGGCUGAGCUGAUGCUUCAACAAGCUAAGAACUCGCCUGAUAUCAACAACUACCUAGCCUUCAUCCUGUCCAGCCCACAGCCCCCCGAGGGCCUGCAAGUCAGCGAAAAGGACUAUCACCUCGUGAGGUCGGCUGCCGGUGUCAUGCUCAAGAACAAUGUCAGGUCGGAUUGGAAGUCCAUCCCGGAGUCGAGCCUGCAGCUCGUCAAGCUCGCCGUCCCCAUGGGUUUGCAAGAUAAGAACUCGCAGAUUCGGAAUCUGGCCGGAAACAUCGCCACCGAAGUGAUUAGGAGAGGCGGCUUGAUGGGCUGGCCCGAUCUGCUCCCCCAGCUCCUCGAAAUGAUUGGCAACUCGAGCGGCCAAUUCUCCAACGAAGCUCAAGAAGGCGCCAUGUCGGCCAUGACCAAGAUUUGCGAGGACAACUUUAAGAUGUUGACCAAGGAGGUCAAUGGCCAGCGACCCCUAAAUCACGUUCUUCCCCAGCUCAUUGCCGCGACCAAGAGCCCCCUGUGGAGAGUCCGAGUCGGAGCGCUGACGGCCAUCAACGUCUUCACCCCCAGGGCAUCCCAAGCCAUGAUGAACAACGUCGACGACCUGCUGCAGCACCUCUUCGUCCUGUCGGCAGACGAAAACACCGAGGUGCGCCGGCAGGUGUGCCGGGCUUUUGUCCACCUGGUGGAGACGCGGCCGGACAAGCUGCAGCCACACAUUGGCGGCUUGGUCGACUACCUCAUAACCCAGCAGAAGAGCGACGACGAGGACCUUGCCUGCGAGGCCGCCGAGUUCUGGCUGGCCAUUGGCGAGCACGACGACCUUUGGAACGCCCUGCGGCCGUAUCUCAACAAAAUCAUCCCCGUUUUGCUGCACUGCAUGGUGUACAGCGGAGAGGACAUUGCCCUUCUCGGCGGGCUUUCAGACGACGAGGAUGAGGAGGACCGAGAGGAGGAUAUCCGACCGGCUUUUGCCAAGAAGUCUUCGGCGAGAACUGCCAACGGCGAAGGCAAUCUCUCGGGUGAUGCCAACCCGAACGGUGCCGGCUACGAGAAGCUUGGCCGCAUGGAUGAGGGGCUGGAGGAAGGCGAACUCGAUGAUCUCGAUGACGAAGAUGACGACGAAAACCCCGACGAGAGAUGGACGGUCAGGAAGUGCUCAGCAGCCGCGCUCGACGUUUUCGCCCGCGACUUUGGCGGGCCCGUCUUCGAAGCCAUUUUCCCAUACCUCUCGCAGAACCUCAAGCACGACGAGUGGCCCUACCGUGAGGCUGCCGUCCUGGCUCUCGGUGCUGUGGCCGAUGGCUGCAUGGACGCCGUCACGCCUCACCUUCCCGAGCUGGUGCCAUACCUGAUCUCGCUCCUCGAGGAUCCGGAGCCUGUUGUGAGGCAAAUCACCUGUUGGGCAUUGGGGAGAUACUCGUCUUGGGCAGCCAACCUCAGUGAGCAGUCUCAAAGAGAGCAGUUCUUCCUGCCAAUGAUGGACGGUAUUCUCCGCAAGAUGCUGGACAAGAACAAGAAGGUCCAGGAGGCGGGCGCCUCGGCGUUUGCGAACCUGGAGGAAAAGGCCGGCAAGAAGCUGGAGCCAUACUGCGGCCCCAUUAUCCAGCAAUUCGUCAAGUGUUUCGCCAAGUACAAGGACCGCAACAUGUACAUUCUCUACGAUUGCGUCCAGACGCUGGCCGAGCGCCUGGGCCCCUUCAUUGCCCGGCCCGAGCUGGUCAACCAGUUGAUGCCGGCGCUGACGGAGCGAUACAACACCGUCUCGGACCAGUCCCGCGAACUGUUCCCGCUGCUCGAAUGUCUCUCCUACGUCGCCUUGGCUUUGGGUCAAGCCUUCACUCCUUACGCGCCCCCGAUAUUCCUGCGCUGCAUCAACAUUAUCCACGCGAACCUGGAGCAGGGCAUCAUGGCCACGACAGAUCACGCCUUGGACCAGCCCGACAAGGAUUUCCUCAUCACGAGCCUUGACCUUUUGAGCGCCAUCAUCCAGGCGCUCGAGGACGACAAGUCAGCGGAGCUCGUCAAGAGCUCUCCUCACCCCUUCUUUGAACUCCUCGGCUUCUGCAUGGAAGACCCCACGGACGAGGUGCGGCAAUCCGCGUACGCACUGCUGGGCGACUGUGCCAAGUAUGUCUUCCCCGAGCUUCAGCCGUACGUGCCGACGAUCCUGCCCAUCUUGUUGAAGCAGCUCGACAUCGACAGCAUCCUCGAUGAGGAGAUUGAGAGCGGGUUCGGCGUCAUCAACAACGCCUGCUGGUCGGCCGGCGAGAUCAGCAUGCAGCAUCUCAAGGGAAUGCAGCCAUGGGUGCCUGAGCUGCUUCAGCGCCUCGUUGAGAUCAUGUCCAACCCCGGCGUGCCAAAGGGACUUGUCGAGAACGCCGCCAUUGCCCUUGGACGUCUUGGCCUCGGCAACGCCGAGCAGCUGGCACCGGCACUUCCCAAGUUUGCAGGGGAGUUCUUGGCGGCGAUGCAGGAGGUUGACCCCACGGAGGAAAAGGCUACCGCGUUCAAGGGAUUCACGCUGGUCGUUGGGCAGAACCCGCAGGCUCUGGAGAAGGUUCUGCUGGAAUUCUUCGUUUCCAUUGCCCGGUAUCAAGACAUGAACUUGAGGAACCCGAUCAAGCAAGAGCUCCACGAAGUGUUCCAAAACGUUCUCAACGUCUACAAGCAACUCAUCCCACAGUUUGACGAGUUCGUCAGCAGGCUGCAGCCCCAAGACCAGCAGGCGCUAAAGACCACCUACGCGAUAUGA